GUGAUCAUGUCUGUUUUUGACAUUUUGGGGAUUUGUGUUCCGUUCCCCCCCACGUGGACGGACGUGCUUUGGCUAAAGUUUUCGAUUUUUGUGUUUGAAUUUCUUACUAACAACGCUGUGUAGAAGAAAAUCAUAAUACAUAUACAACAGAACGAUUAUUACUGAAGAUUGUUAUGAACUAUCCCCAAAGUUUCAAAGUGUCGUGUAAAACAAGUUAGCGAGAAAUACAUGAGGUCAUUCUUGGUGACAUCCUCUUCUUCAUUGACGACGCCCAGAACCGAAAGACCGGCGAAGUAAGAUAGAAGAUACGUUAAAACGAAUAUCGCCUCUAGUUUGGAUGCUAACCAUCGGCGUGGGUUUUGGUUCGACCCAUUCAUAUCAUAAGUGUCGCUUUCUAAGACAGGGGCAGAUCACGACGACUUCAACACUAAAUAUUUUAAUGUUCCAGAAGCAACAUGAGUACUACAGUUGAGCACUAUGCAUCUACAAUGUCCACAACCAUUGAAACGAAUCUGCAGAAAACCGCCAUGGCUGCGGCACGAUCCGUUGUAAACAAAUCAGGUAAAGGACUAUCCUCUAUGGAAGGCAACAUAUAUCACGUGGAUCUGGCCGUCAUGAUUAUUCUUCGAGCGUACAGAAUGCGUCCACUGGACAAUGCACUCGACUUUUUGGUCGCAAUGGAAGUGUCGGCAGCGGGAAAAUUUGACGACAUCUUGUACCAUUACUCAUUGCCACAACAAGCCACCACUACGUUGUUCAUACAAGCUAAACGUAAACAAAACAAGGGAUCUAUGCUGGAACAAGACACUCUAUGCCCUCCCCAGGAGGACUCCAAAGCAAACUACUCGAUCCCCAUGUACUUUGUGUCGUUUCUCGAGGUCGAUGAAAAGCUUACUGACGAUGCUCGAUAUGUGCUGUGUACUAACGUUGGACUGCAUAAGAACAUCAGAUGCCAUUUUAAGGAGAUCAAACCACAGCUGGAAACAAACCAACAAAAGGAUAAUUUUUUACAGUUCUGUGAAGAUAUAAAAGCAACAUGUUAUCAGUUCGAUUGCAACAAACCCUUCCCAGGACUGGUUGACAAAUUAAAAGACGCGUGCCUCGCUAAACUAGGGAAGGAACUCGCCCAAGCCGUUUUUAAGGACCAGGUAAUGACAUUUAACAACACGCUGUUUAAAAUAUUUUUCAAUUUAAUUAACAAAUGUAUAGAGCCAUUAGCACAAGAAACAAGCGAUCCGUCUGUGAGCAUGUAUAAGAUAGCGGAAAACUUUUUCAUUGAAGAUGAAUCAACAACAAUUGGAAAGUUUCGAUCUUAUUUUGAAAAAGAACGUGAAAUCCUACUAAAAAAGGUAAAGAAGAUGACCAAUAACAAAACGACAAACCAGCUAAAAAUCAAGAUUCAUAGGGAUUCGUUCGAAGCUGCCAGCAAAACUGCACCAACCGGGGAUUUUUCAAUGUUUGAUCAGAAAGUAAGCAAGUUUUACGAGAAAUUUCUACUUUUAUGUAACUCCUGUAAUGAAGAAAAACUGAAAACGAAAGCGAUGGGCUUACUGCCAAAGUGGUGUAGAGCUGACCGAAAAACAGUAAUUGAUAUGUUGGAGGGAAAACUGUUGAAUGCGAUGAAGAGUACUCAACCUGUUCCGAUGGAUCGUAGGUAUAUGCAAGAUUUUUUUUUGGAAAUAGAUGUCAAACAAAACAUCAGUGAUUUGAAGUGUUCUUCAAGACAGUACUUUGAGUUAGUAGACAAAAAACAUCCUAAUAUCAAAAUGCUCCCUAUAUGGUUAAAAGGGUCUAAACUGUAUACAUUCCUAAAGCACGAGUCUUGCGGUGGUUGUUUUGAAUUUAAAAACACGCUUGAUUUGACAGUAAGUUCUCGUAUAUUAUUACAAAUGCUAUCACUGUUACAAUAUGAAACAUUGUUUGUUGAUAGUACCAAGUAUGCAAAACAGCAAGAUAUAAAUGAUAUCCUUGAAGAAUUAUUGUCGUAUCUUAGAGAUAUAAAUCAUCCUUUUAUCAAGGUAAUAACGAUCCUAGGUAAACAUGAUCAUGUCUCCAUUCAUGAGAUUAAGAAAUUAUCGGAAAAAUAUUGUCGAAAGAUCGUUAUUGUAGAAAAAAUUUCAGGAAGUCGUCGAAACGAAGAAGCUGUUGAAAGGAUUAAAGUGAAUCUUUUGUCAGAUGAAGCUUUGAUACAUUUUUAUAUACACAAUGAACGAAUGCUGUUCGGCACUUCUACGCCACUGAGUAGCAUUGUGAAAGAAUUCGACGAUUUGAGCUUGCUAUUGGACGUAUUAGAUCUUUGUGAUCAACCGGGAGAACUAAUACAUAGCAAUUUAAAUGAGCUACAUUAUGAAGAAAUUAAACAAUUGUACGUUGGUCGCCAUUUUGUAUCCCCCAAUCAGGUGGAAACGAGGAACAUUUUUGAUGAGCUAGAUGAUCCAUUCGAUGUACAGAGUGCCCUAGCUUCGAACGAUGAAGAACUCGACACACCUGGUUUUCUAGACAAUGGAAAAGUGUGUAUCAUCCUCAAUGAUGCAGGACUCGGUAAGACAACCUACUUUACCUGGUUAGCUUGGCGUUUGUCAACUUUGAAUCCAUCUUUGUAUGUCAUCAAAUUUAACGCAAUGGAAUAUUCAACCGAUUUUAAACGUUUGUUAGGCAUUAAUGUACAAAACCUAGAUGACACAGAGAUGGUGCGAUUAUUAUAUCGCUUCAUUCAUUUGGCGCUGUUCGUAACGAGUAUCAACAACCGUAAGAUCGACGAAAGUGAUUUAGUUAGAAACCAAGCCGAUCGUUGUGCCAAACUGCUGCAAUUUUCAAACGGUAGCAUAAUAUUGGAUGAUACGGAGAAAAUCGAGCUGACACUAAUGGAAAUUAUCGAGAUGCGUUUGUUCCAAGAGAAGUUUAAUCAGCGGAAGCUCGUUUUAAUUCUUGAUGGUUUUGAUGAGAUUGCGCCAUUUUAUAAGGAUGUGGUUAUGCAUUGUUUUGCACGAUUUGCUCGUUUUGAUGGAGUGCAAUCCGUUUAUUUAUCCAGUAGACCGUAUGGAUUUGAACAGGAAUUAAAAACAUCCUUUGACCAAUGUGGAAUUCUUCAGUUGAAACCUUUUUCAAAGAACGAUAUCAUACUUUCUUGUCAUAAAUUUCUUUUGAUAAAUUUAGAUGGUUACAAACACUACGAAGAGAAUCAUCGAAACUAUAUACUGGAAACGUUGAAUAAAAUUCUUUGCUAUGUUAUGAAAGAUCUAACAACCGUUCCAUUGUUACUGUACAUGGUGCAGAUAAUCCUUUUACCCAAGUUUAAAAAUCAUGUAAAUGAAAAGUCACACAUAUUAUCGUAUGAAAUGUACAACACGAAUCUUGACAUCCUUCAUCUAGUUGAAAGCUUCAUCGAUAAAAAAAUAGAAAUUUUAAGCACUGAUAAAACAGGCACGAGCGACUCUGCUGGAUCGACGGCUGCAGUCAAGAUAAACUUAAAACGAAUGAAAAAAGAAAUAAAGGAACAGCACAUGCUGUUGGCCAUGUACGUUCUAUUCGAUAGUGCUGGUAGAGAAAAACUGUUAUCCAGGAAGGAGCAGAAGCGUGCUGAAGAAUUAAUGGAAGAAGUGAACGAUGGCGAUGAAAAAACUGGAAUUGUCCUCGGUGUACAGAAUGGAGUCCCUCAAUUUCUGCAUAGAAUUUUUGCGGAAUAUUUCACUGCUUGUUGGUUGUACGAAAACUUGGAAAGAUUUAAGAAUGAAAGCAUUUUUCGCUCUCAGACGAUUUGGUCGGAUUCUUUGGGAGAAACUCGCGAAUUUUUAGAUCGGCUUAUACUUCGGGAAAGCAAAGGUUGUGAGUUACACUUGGCAUUGGUAAACAAAUCUAUUGCAAAAAUUAAAGAAAUACUUCACUUUAAUCCUUCUGCUGUUGCUGUUCCAGAUAAGGUUGGACGCUUACCAUUGCAUUUGUUACAUUAUCAUUUAGACGCAGGCAUACACAAAGGCACAUUAUUCCUCAAAACAAAAGAAUUUAAACAAAUACUAACAUGUCCACGGAAUGAAGAUCGUGAGUUAUUUAAUAAAAAAGACAUGCUUUAUGGAUGGAAUGCUUUAGAUUAUGCAUUUGUUCUUAACGCAUGGUCUUUAAUAAAAACUCUUUUCACAACGCGUGUGCAACUUAACAUGGACAUUCUGAGUCAGCAGGUGUGUUCCAAUGAUAUAAAAGCAUUACUUAUACAGGAAACAAAGUAUGUUAAUUAUAUAGGUCGAAAGGACUUAGCAGACGAACUGAGCAAACAUGUGGCAAAGUAUCUAAUUGCAGACAAGCAAAUAGAUAUUUAUUCUCCGCUUGCAGAAUUGAAUCACUCAUCUGUGAUAGGAGAAGUUAUCGACGCAAACAAUGUGUCUAUGUUUGGUCAGUUAUCAACUACAUCACAUUCAAUGGCGUUGGAUUCGGACGAUCAUGCCAGGCGAUUAUUUGAGCUACUAACGUUCAAAAGAGCAACUGAUGGAAUUCAGAUGUAUCUUCUUGACAAACAUCCCACUCUCGUGUCCAUGAUUCAUGACAACCAAAGUUUAUUCGUUUAUGCCAAAUGUGCCAUUAAAAAUAAUCAAACUAAACUGUUUAAAAUUAUUUUUAAACUGUUCUGCAGCAAAAACAACAUCCCCUGUGUUGAAGAAGAUAAUAUUAUUGAUGAAUUUGCCGAUCAAAACGACGCUGGCUUAGAAAUUCCGUUUGGAUAUAAUUGCUGUAAUUUCUAUUACGAAGCUUUAGAAUUCAAUAUAGAAAGGUUAUUGUCUGAAGCGAUACAUAAAGGCAAUAUUCAAAUGGUUAGUUACAUUAUUCAGAAGACGAAUAUGGUCGAUAUGGCAGAAGUGUUUGAAACGACCGUACAUAAAAUACGAGGAAAUGAUCACGAAAAUAAGAAUUAUAAAUAUGUUAUACUUGCAUUCAAAUAUUUAUUCAAGAAAAUCGUGAGAAAGGAUCGUGAAGAAGGUGUUGAUCAAGUUUUCCUGGAUUCAUUUCUUACGAUCAUUGAAUAUGGCUGCGUGUACAUGUUGCACAGCUUAUUUGCCGUUGGAUUUGAUUUAGACCAGAUCAAUGCGCUAAAACAUUGGGACGUUUUUCAUCACCGUUUAGUUAAUUCGGACGAACGGCAUUCGGCCAAUAUAUUUGUAUAUCUUCAACAACGAUCGUUUGUUAAUUUUUUCCAUACUUUUGGCCCAACAGGUGAAAGUAUUUUUGAAGUUGCUAUUAACAGUCAACAUUUUACAGUAGCACAAGCGCUAUUUCAAGACGAAUUCCGCAAUCUUUCAAUCUCGGAAAAGGAAAAUUUCGUUUUAGAUUUACUGCUGGAACAAUUAUUAAAACACGGUAUGGAACAAAUGAUUGACAUGACAAAAUCUUUUCUUACGAAUAGUGAACGAGGUGAAAUGGAAAAUGAAACUUGGUAUUCAGUCUAUUACUCCUUUUGCCAACAGAAUGUUGAUAAACUCCACUUGGUUGAACGACUCAUACAUAGAAAGAUAGAACAUAUAAGUAUUCAUAUGACAGAACCUACCAAUUCUCUUGGUACUUCGGAUGCGCUCAAGGAAAACGAUAGAAUAAUGAAAAAGAAAAUAAAUAAGGAACAGCACAUGCUGUUGGCCAUGUACGUUCUAUUCGAUAGUGCAGGUAGAGAAAAACUGUUAUCCAGAAAGGAGCAGAAGCGUGCUGAAGAAUUAAUGGAAGAAGUGAACGAUGGCGAUGAAAAAACGGGAAUCGUCCUCGGUGUACAGAAUGGAGUCCCUCAAUUUCUGCAUAGAAUUUUUGCGGAAUAUUUCACUGCUUGUUGGUUGUACGAAAACUGGGAACGGAUGGAAAAAGAUAACAUUUUCCGGUCUGAAACGAUUUGGUCGGAUUCUUUGAAGGAAACUCGCGAAUUAUUAGAUCGACUCAUACUUAGAGAAAGCGAAGGUUGUGAUUUGCACUUGGCAUUGGUAAACAAAUCUAUUGCACAAAUUGAAGGAAUACUUCGCUUUAAUCCUUCUGCUUGUGCUGUUAAAGAUAAGAUUGGCCGCUUACCAUUUUGUUUGUUUCAUUAUAUUUUAGAAGUAAGAGAAGACAAAUCCAUAGGAGACAAGUUGUUAGAAGUAAUCGAAAUAUUUGAACGUGUACAGAGAGAUGAGUUUUUUCAUAAGAGGUUAGGCAAGGUUAAUAGAAGGAAUGCUCAACAUAAAUGUUUAUGCGAUUUCUUUACAAGUGGUAUAACAAUGUAUUUGGACAUUCUGUGUCAGCAGGUAUGUACCAAUACUAUUGAUGCUUUACUUAAGCAGGAAGAGGUCUACAAUUACAUAUUUGUUGAACAUUUCGAUAAAAAGGACUUGGCAGAUGAACUAAGCGAAAAGGUGGCAAAAUGUCUAAGUGAAAACAAACAAAUAGAUGUUCCUUAUUCAACGUUGUUGGAAAAAGUUUCAGUGCUGGGUAGUGUUACUUUGAAAAAUCAAUUAAUUUUAAAAUUAAAUUCACGAUAGGCUUUCUCAAUUCGAUUUUUUUCAUAGAAUUUGAAUGAAGCAGUUAUUCAAAUGAACUGAAAGCAUAUCGCAGUUAUUUGGUUGAUUUCAUAGUACCAGAAGCUAAGAAGUUGUAUUCAUAAUCUCGGAUAUACUAAUGUUAUACGUCGUAAAAUGAUUUCUAUUGACGAACACGUGAAAAUGUGUAGAAUAAAAGGCAUAAGCAACAUGAUAAAGUAGUAAUUAAAAAGUUGAUCUUUUAGUUGUGAAGAUGUCAUUUCAGAGGUGGCUUGUUGGUGCAUGUGGUAAAUGGCGCCGGUUCCACACGACAGGAUCGGGUAUAAAAUCCCAUCCGGAUCGUGUCGCGCGUAGCAAGCACUGACUAUCCGGCUAGAUGGUAAAAAUAAGUCUGAUUUGUGAAAAUUUGUGUGAUUAUUGGCUGCUACAGUGAGUAAUUGAAGGAAGUAUUGAAAUAAUAU